AUGCCGUUCUCGACAAGAAAUGCCUUCUAUCUGAGGAUCAGCUCGUGGACGGUCCUCCCACUGUACCUUUAUCUUGACGAACGACAUGUCGACUGGAUGACCGACCAGACGCUACAAGCGGUCCUGGCCGACUUGAGACCAAAACUUGCGAGCAAGUUCCACUCCGAAGAUCCGGCGAAAAAAUCUACCGUCGAUGUGCAUCGAGGUCUUGACUAUCAAUUCGCCUUCUUCUUCCGCAAGACUGACUCACGACAUGUGGUACUUCUCAAAAAACGUGAAUAUCACAUGCAGAAGCUCAACCGUUCCAGUAAAGCUGGGCGGGAGAUCAAGUCUGCGACCCUGGUCCCCAAGUUUCAAAACAAGCGGAAAGUAAAACGAGAGGGUUCGACCGUCCCUCCCGGCCAACGGACCAGAAGGGGAUCGUUACGGCCAGCAGGUCCAUCCAGGUUGAGUUCGGUCGUUACCGAUGCUGGGGAAGGUAGUGAGGAUCCAGCUCGAUCUGGUGAGAUUCCAGGGCCAGGUACUCCGAGGAGAUCCGCGAGGGAGAGGAGUCGAGUGACGUAUACAGAGACGGAGGAGAGCGGAGGGCUGGACGCACAGCUGGAUGAACGGGAAGACUUGCGCAACAAGACACCUUUAUUCGCCCGCGAGGAGGGGGACUAUGAAAUCGAGGAGGUCCGGGUAAAGGAGGAGCCGAUGGAAGACGAAGAGAUGCCAUUACAGGCAAUCACCGCCGAGCCGAUUGAUGGCGCACUCCAUCUGCCAGUACGAGAUGAGAGCGAGUUACAGGCCAUGAGAGAAGGCGCCGCUGUGGCUGGUCAUCGGACGGACUUGGGUACUGGGCUUGAAGACCCGGAGGAUGGCUUUGUCGAUCAUGCAGAUGGGAGACGCCGGGCUGGGUCCCCUGAUCCUAGGGAAGACACAGGGCUUGAUGGCAUGGGCGAUGUCGAAGAGGAGGAUGGGAAGGAGUUUAAACCCGUCACCCGGCUAAGCUAUGCAGGCUUUUCGAUCUCUACGCGCCACCUCGUCUUGAUCAUCGAACCAUGGCCGCCGAUGGCAGACCUGCCCAAGGCUUCCUCUCGAAGCCGCUCGCUCUACUCCCGAUCGAUGACGCGGGACGUGUCCGGAAGAGAGUCUACCCUGAAUCUUGGCCUGGACAAUCGCAGCCAGACCCCUCUGAUCCCAAAUUCGCGAAGAGGCGGGACGAGCGUUACUGACCGACCUACCGCUACACCAGGUCUAAGGGGACAUGGAGGGAGUAGAUGGUCCGCCACCCCCGCGGCUUCUUUCGGUAGAGGCACACCAGGACCUUCGAGCCGUAACGCCUCCGCUCUACCUUCACGUCUACAAAGCCAGACACCGGGAGCGGGAAGGGCAUCGACCCCGUUGUUCAGGGAAGCUACUCCUUUUGGCGACGAUGAUGACGAAGAAGAAGAGGACGACGAGUGGAAGGAAAAGGCUCAGAAUGCCAGUUGGGCUCCAUCACGAGGUGGAAGUGAAGCGCCCGAAGGAUUCGGUUUCAGAAGUGGUCUAGCUGAAGAUCUCGGGAACGCUGGGGACGACGAUGGUGACGCAGACGAGGACAUACAGGAGGCCAGGGGAAUGCUGGCGAUGAGUCAGAGGAUACAGCAGGGCACUAGCUCGAGGCGAAGCGGGAACUAUUCCGCAGCUGGUGAGGUGGAUGGGGGUGAUGGGGAUGUAGGGGACGCAGCAGAUGAUGGUGUUGGCGAUGAUGGAGGCGGAGCGGAUUAG